GUGGUAAGAGUGCGAUUUUGACUGCUCUAUGUGUUGCCUUUAGAUGUCGAGCCAGGGGAACUCAGCGCGCCGCUACGCUAAAAGAUUUCAUUAAAACUGGAUGCAGUUAUGCCCUUGUUCAUGUCGAACUGAAAAACCAAGGAGAGGAUGCUUUUAAGCCUGAAAUAUAUGGUGAUACUCUGAUUAUUGAACGCAGGAUAUCUGAUUCUACUAGUUUAACGGUUCUCAAGGAUCAUCAAGAAAAAUAUCAAGCCGAAGAGAGGAGCUACGGCAACUUGUUGAACAUUAUAAUGUGAGCUUUUCUCUUUGCAAGAUUAAAAAUUGAUGUUGAGAAUCCCUGUGUGAUAAUGAGUCAAGACAAGAGCAGGGAGUUCUUACAUUCUGGAAACGACAAAGACAAAUUCAAGUUCUUUUAUAAAGCAACCCUUCUUCAGCAAGUCGAUGAUCUUCUUCAAAGUAUUGGCAUUAAGUUGAAAUCUGCAAAUGCUCUUAUGGAUGAGAUGGAGAAGACCAUAAAACCAAUAGAAAAGGAGAUCAGUGAAUUGCUUGAAAAGAUAAAGAAUAUGGAACAUGUUGAAGAAAUAACUCAACAGGUUCUGCAUCUGAAAAAUAAGCUAGCUUGGUCAUGGCUCAUGGGUAUAUGAUGUGGAUAGGCAGCUCAAGGAGCAGAAUGAGAAGAUCGUGAAACACUCAGAGAACGAGUGCCUACUUGUCAAAAUAAAAUUGAUCGGAAACUGGUAAGUAAUAUGUUUCUAUUACCUCAAAUUUAGACUGCUAUGCACAGGGUGCAUGACUUGUCUAGCUUUCUCUCGGAUACUCUAACACUGAAGUUUGGUAGUUGUAUCAAAUAGAGAAUGUUGAACUUUGGUAGAAGAUCGGAGAAGUGAGGACUAAGCAAUGGAUCUGCUUGAGAUGAAGAAACUGUAAUGGAAGAUCGAGCAACGUUUUGAGCUGAUGAAACAUGAGAAUUGACAAAGUAUAAGCAAAAGACAAGUUUGAUUUUUUCCAGUUUUUCAAAUUUCAAAGGAACCAAACCGAAUUAAACCAAAAUUCCCAUUCAAUUGAACCGAACUGACUCUGAAUCAGUCGGUUUAGUUUCUAUUUAUUUAUUUUUGAUAGCCGUAGAGGGAGACGAAGGUUCGAUACACGUGUCGAACAGUCUAAAGAAAGAAACACUAGGAAGAAGAAAAGAAAAUGAACUUCUUCUUCUGCAAUUUUCUAACUUUUGUUAGCUUCUACAAAUUUUGCAACGAGCCAUUGGAGAAGACGGUUCUUGCUCUACAGUUAUGCGUUAUUUUUAUUCUUCUUUGUCGGAUACGAUUCAUAGAUGAUUCCGCAAUCUUCUUUUUCAAGUUUUGAUUUCCGGUUACCUGUUGAUGUGUCUCGUCCUCUGCUCUGUCCAUGCUCUUAUGAGCUCCGCGCGGUUGUGUCUCCAAGGAGUCGGGUUCUUCGUCGGAACUUCAAAGUUUUGAACUUUCGGUUAGUUUCCUGCGGAGUUCGUGGCGAUUCGAAAAACCUAAGAUUGACGGAUUCUAGUAGAAAGGCUGCAAAUAGGUUUCUUUUUUCUAGGUUUUCAAAUGAAUUCAAAGUCGAGGAAACUUCGCAAGAGUCUCUGAUUCAUGAUGACCAAAACAAUUAUAGUAAUUUUAGGGAAGAUCCGAUAGUGGAUAAGCUUAGGACCCAAUUGGGUGUAAUCCAUCCACUUCCGUCACCACCCCUAAAUCGUACUGUGAUUGGUCUAUUCGUCUUCUUCUUUUUCGUUGGUGUUGCUUUUGAUAAGCUAUGGACGUGGAGACAAACGGGUGGAGAUGGAGGGCAAAGAGGAUUAGGGCCAUGGCCACAGGUUCCCACCAGCUUCUCUUUGUUCCUAGAGAAGGACUUGCAAAGGAAAGAGUCUGUGGAGUGGGUCAACAUGGUGUUGGGGAAGCUCUGGAAAGUGUAUAGAGCUGGGAUUGAGAAUUGGCUCGUUGGUUUGUUGCAGCCAGUGAUUGAUGACUUGAAGAAGCCUGAUUAUGUGCAGAGAGUUGAAAUUAAGCAGUUUUCUUUAGGGGAUGAGCCUUUGUCUGUCAGAAAUGUUGAGAGGAGGACAUCUCGCCGUGCCAAUGACUUGCAGUACCAAAUUGGCCUUAGGUAUACUGGUGGUGCCCGCAUGUUGUUAAUGCUCUCUUUGAAAUUCGGAAUUAUCCCAAUCGUUGUUCCAGUUGGUGUCCGGGAUUUUGACAUUGAUGGUGAGCUUUGGGUCAAACUAAGAUUAAUACCGACACAGCCUUGGGUGGGAGCUGUAUCAUGUUCGUUUGUAUCACUUCCAAAGGUCACAUUUCAACUCGCAGCAUUCAGAUUGUUUAAUCUAAUGGGAAUUCCCGUUCUAUCAAUGUUCUUGACCAAACUGCUGACGGAGGAUUUGCCUCGAUUAUUUGUCCGACCAAAGAAAAUUGUCUUGGAUUUUCAAAAAGGAAAAGCUGUUGGCCCUGUUUCAGAAGACCUGAAAUCAGGGGAAAUGCAGGAAGGCAAUAAGGAUUUUGUCGGGGAACUAUCUGUCACUCUUGUAGACGCUCAGAAUCUUCGUUACAUGUUCUCUGGUAAAACGGAUCCAUAUGCAAUUCUCAGAUUAGGUGAUCAAGUUAUCCGUAGUAAAAGGAACAGUCAAACUACUGUCAUUGGGGCUCCUGGUCAGCCAAUUUGGAAUCAGGACUUUCAAUUCCUUGUUUCAAAUCCUAGAGAGCAAAUAUUACAAAUUGAGGUCAAUGAUCGUCUUGGGUUUGCUGAUAUGGCUAUUGGUACUGGAGAGGUUGAUCUCAGAUUUCUGCAAGAUACGGUUCCUACAGACAGAAUUGUGGUUUUGCAUGGUGGUUGGAGUUUGUUUGGAAAGGGAUCUGCAGGUGAGAUACUGCUACGGCUUACAUACAAAGCAUAUGUGGAGGAGGAAGAAGAUGACAAGACCAAUGUCAAAGCCAUUGAUGCAGAUGCUUCUGAUGAUGAAAUGUCUGAUUCAGAAGAACUUGGCUCAUUUGUGCGGAAUGAAAAGGUUUCUUCAGAUGAUAUUGGUCAAGAGUCAUUUAUGAACGUGUUGUCUGCAUUGAUUGUGAGUGAGGAGUUUCAAGGCAUAGUUUCAUCUGAAGCCGGAGACAGUAUAAUUUCUGGUGGUGACUCGCUUGGGGCUCCAGUACCUUCUAAGGCAGAUAGUAGUAAUGGGUCUGAAAGCAACGCAGAUGUAUCAGAUUCGGAUUUGUUAGUUGACAAUUCUGGUAGAGGGACUGGCGGUGAUGGAGGAUUAGCAUUACUGUGGUUCGGUAUAAUCACGGGUAUAUUGGUUCUUGUUGCUAUCAACAUGGAAGGCACACGUUUCUUCAACCCGUAAUAUAGUGCUAUACAGCUCGCUGGAGAUUUCUGUUGCAAGUUUGGUUGUCAUCUCUUCCCAACCUUAGAUAUGGCUUACAACGAGAUCUCAGUUUUGCAAUUUAAUUAUUAUUUGUUGUAUGUAAAUAGCCAUUAGAAGAGGGAUACUUACUAGAGGCAGGAAGGGUUAUUCACUUAUUCUGUCCAAGCUCUUACUGUGUACACUUGUAGUUGGUAUACAUGAAAAAUAAAGAGAGAGAAAUCUGUAUAUUUUGACCAAAAAAAAAGAAGAGGAAAUUCUGCAACUAAUGUUCUGUAUAUCUUGGCUACAAAUAAUGUUCUGGCAGGGAAAAAAGACUUGUUUCUGCAA